AUGGAGGUUUCUUGCACUGAUCAAGAAGUUGAAGUAGAAACAGUGAAACUCAGUUCUAACAGACUCAACGACCUCAAAGCAUUCGAUGAAACAAAAACCGGCGGCAAGGGUCUUGUUGACAAAGGCCUUACAAAGAUUCCAUUGCUGUUCCAUCACCAACCCGAUAAUAAUAAGAAAUCUCACUCAGAACACACAAUUCCAGUUAUAGAUCUUGAAGAUGUUGUUAGCAAGGAUCGAAGCAAACGCCAAGGAGUUGUUUCAAGAAUAAGGGAAGCAUGUGAGACAUGGGGUUUCUUCCAAGUGGUGAAUCAUGGGAUCCAUGAGUGUGUUCUUGAGGAGAUGAAAGAUGGAGUUAGAAGGUUCUUCGAGCAAGAUGAUGAGGUGAAGAAAGAGUUUUAUACAUGUGACCAAAAUAGGACGUUCAUUUAUAACAGUAAUUUUGAUAUGUAUAGUUCACCAGCACUUAAUUGGAGAGAUACAUUUGUGUGCUAUCUUGCUCCUAAUCCUCCUAAGCCAGAAGAAUUACCAGUCGUAUGCAGGUAUCUUCUUAUUACACUAACUAACUUUCAAUUAAAUUACUAA